AUGCUGCAGGCGCAUGGCCGGCCGCUGGUGGAGGACGGGCAGGCGGAGGUACUCCGCACUAUGGUGCGGGAUGUGCUGCAGGAGUACGGGCCGCACAAUGAGCCGUCCUCCAUGCUUGCGCAUACGUCAGUGCACCGCCACCGCGUGCCCACGCCGCGGCGCCGUGCCACCUCGUCCCGCCUGCGACGCCCGCUGUCAUACAGCAACGUGCUGCCCAGCGAUGACUCGCCGCUGAACGACAUGCUCUCGCCGUCGCCUAUCACACGUGCCCCACCGCCGCAUGCUGCUGCUGCUUCUACUGCCACCGCCGCUUCAGCUGCUCCUCCUGCUCCUGUGGUACGAAGGUCGGCCCCAAUGGCCGCAGCGGCGGAAGCGACAGGCCCGUCGAGGUCCGCAACAACUUCGGCGGACUCGUCGAUGCUGCACGCAGCAGCGCCGCUCUUUAAUUCAACCGCCAACGACACAUCUUUUGAAUCCUCCACGGCCUCCCAGAGGCACCGCCACGCGCUUGCGUCAGACACCAACAAUAACAGCCACCACAAUGACGACAACCCGUCCAUGGGCGCGGACCAUCCAUUGCCUUUGACGGUUGUGGACCAACAACGUGACGGUGGCGAAGCAGCUGCGACGGUGGUGCAGACGUACGACCGCGAGCGAGCGGCGGGGGAGCGACAGAUGCGGCAGGCACUGCGCGACCUCGAGCAACGCCAGCAGCAGCUCUUGUCAAAGGUGGCCUCUGAUGUGGCCACCACAAACGGCCCGCACGCCUCCGCGAGGCGAGAUAAGACCCACAUCAAGAACAAGAGCAACAGCAGCAGGAAUUCCCACAACGGCGGUGUGGCAGACGCCUCCGUUUCUUCGUCCGUAAGUGGCCACGUCUCGUCGCCGCCGUCGUCGGCGCGCGCGUCCACCGCGGCACCCGCCCCCCCAUCGCGCCUGACAGCACUGCAGGAGCGGUUUGCGAUGAUGCCUAUCGUUCAGUGA